GUAUCCGGGGCAGGACUGCAGAGCUUUGCCCAGUGGCUGCAGAGUAAGUUGCCCUGGGCAGGGUGUUGGGAGCAGUUUCUCUCCUGAGAUUUCAGACACAUGUCCACUACUGCUGGGAGGACCCUCCACUCCUGGUCACAGCUCCUUCCUCUCCUGAGCCCUCAGGGGAGAGAGAGUUGGAGAAAAAGACUCCCUUCCUUCUCAGAGGGGUGUGCCCUGGUCUGGUCUGUGUGCCAAGGCAGCAACCCAUGCCCAGCCACGGUGACUCAGUGCACGGUGCAGGUGCCCCGACACCACAUACACCUGUGUGCAAACAGAGCAAGCAGUGUUCCAGCCGCCAGCGCACCUUCGAAGGGCACUACGCAGAGGGCUGCAUCGAAUGGAGAGGAGUCUGAAGAGUCUUGGCCUCCCAUGGGGCCCUGCCUGCCCCAACCCAGCCAUGCACCUAGCUGCCCACCGUCUGCCCCGGGAACAGGGAAGGGGCUGCUGAGAAUGAGGGUCACCGUGCUGUGUCUCAUCUGCUUCUCUGUCGCCAUUACUGAGGGCCACACUGGCUUCCUGAGGAGAAAUGGUGGCUUCAAAACCAAAGGAGAACUCAAGGUGGAUAAGCCAAGGCCUCCAGGCCCAGCCCAGGAAUUCGAGGUGUUACUGCAAGUGCCCUACAGAAAAGCCCGGGAGAAGGAGCUCCUGCAGAGGAGGCUGCUGGAGCUCCCAUGGGGGUCCCCAACGACCUGCUUCCCAGGGCCCUCGAGGAUCCUGUGGGCAAAGGCCACAACGUACUGCCACAGCCAUGAUGGGGGCCUGCGCUGUGCGUGUGAGGACACCUACACCUGGUUCCCCCUCUCCUGCCUCGAUCCCCAGCAUUGCCACCUGAACACGACUGGAUCCCCCAUGAGCUGCGACUGUCAUCUCAGCAACCUCAGCCGCAGUGUCAACUUCUGCGAGAGAGCAAAAGUUUGGGGCACUUUCAGGAUUAAGGAACCAUUUUCAAAAGAUUUUUUGAAUUCAUCUUCUGCUAAAUACUCUCAAUAUGUAUCUACCAGCGAAAAGCAACUCAAAGAAGUAUUCCAAAGAAUUCAAGGUUUUGAGUCAGUUCACGUCACCCAAUUUCGAGCUGGCAGUGUCAUUGUGGGCUUUGAAGUCAUCGGCUCCAGCAGCACUUCCCAGCUGCUGGCUGCCCUCCAGCGGGAGGCUGCCGCGGCCCAGGCUGCGCUCAGCGACGUGUUUCCCCUGGAAGCCGGCUCCUUCAAAGUGUUUGAGAAAGCCCAGUGUCAUGGAGCAGUCUUUGGGUUCGGGUCUGAGGAUGACGAGUAUACCCUGCCCUGCAGCAGCGGCUAUACCGGCAACAUCACAGCGCGGUGCCGGUCCUCGGGGUGGCAGGUGGUGCGGGAGUCCUGCGUGCUCUCCCAGCUGCAGGAGCUGCAGCAGAACUUCAGUGCGAUUUUGGACAAUGCCACCCAGGAAGAUGUGUCGUCCUUGGUGCGAAACCUCUCAGUCAUUGUGCAGCAGAGCCCAUCCACCACAGCGGGAAGCCUGGCAUCAGUGGUGUCGCUUUUGGGCACGAUCUCAUCCCUGUCCCAGGAGAAGGGGUUCCCGGUGUCAAAUUCUAUGCUGGAGGAUGUUAUCAACAUAGCUGACCGCAUCCUCAAUUCGUCAUCGAUAAGGAACUGGACGAUUUUAUUGCAAGGGGAAGAGCAGGCAAGCUCCGAGUUCCUAGAGACGCUGGAAAACAUCACCAUGCUGGUACCUUCCUCUGCUCUGCCUCUGAAUUUUUCUCGGAAAUUUAUUAACUGGCAAGGGAUUCCCUGGACCCAAAUCCAAGGCAAUCGCAAUUACAGCUACCAGGCUAUGACCUGCCAAGAAGAUAAUACCUGGUCCACGAUAGGCCAUGUUUUUAUUAGGUCAGACCAAUUCCAGUUCUCUGCUCCAGAAGCUAUCACCAGUAUGGCCUCCAUGACCUUCGGGCACAUCCUGCCCAAGACCCAAGGUGACCACGCUCGGGUCAAUGGGCCCUUGAUAUCUACAGUUAUCCAAAACUAUUCCAUCAGUGAGAUCUUCCUGAACUUCUCCAAGUUCGACACCAACCUGAGCCAGCCCCGCUGUGUGUUUUGGGAUUUCGGUCAUUCGCGCUGGAGCAGUGAUGGCUGUCACCUGGUGACCGAGAUUGCAGACACGGUGCUGUGUCGGUGCACUCACCUGACCUCCUUCUCCAUGCUGAUGUCACCCUCUGUCCCUGCUGCGAUUGUCCCUGCGGUGAGAUGGAUCACCUAUGUGGGCCUGGCCGUCUCCACCGGAAGUCUCGUCUUAUGCCUGCUCGUUGAGGCUCUGUUUUGGAAGCAGCUCAGGAACACCCAGACCUCGCACACACGCCACGUUUGCAUAGUGAACAUAGCCCUGUCCCUCUUGAUCGCCGACAUCUGGUUCAUAGUUGCUGUCACUGUAGACGUCACCGCCGGCCCCUCUGGAGUCUGCAUAGCUGCCAUCUUUGUCACCCAUUUUUUCUACCUCUCCUUGUUCUUCUGGAUGCUGAUGCUUGGCAUCCUGCUGUCUUACCGACUUCUCUUCGUGUUCCAUCACAUGGCCACGCCUCUGAUGAUGGCCGUCGGGUUUUCCUUGGGCUAUGGGUGCCCUCUCGUUAUAUCCGUCAUCACCAUUGCGGUCACACAACCUAGCAACAGCUACAGCAGCAAGGACGUGUGCUGGCUCAACUGGUCAGAGGGGAGCAAACCUCUCUUGGCUUUUGCUGUCCCUGCGCUGACUAUUGUGGCUGUGAACCUGGUGGUGGUGCUGUUAGUGCUCUCGAAACUCUGGAGGCCAGCCAUCGGGGAGACAGUGACCCAGGAUGACAAGGCCACCGUCAUCCGCAUGGGGAAGAGCCUCCUCAUCCUGGCCCCUCUGCUGGGGCUCACCUGGGGCUUUGGCAUCGGAACCAUGGCGGACAGUCAGAACCCGGCCUGGCACGUUCUCUUUGCUUUGUUCAAUGCGUUCCAGGGCUUUUUCAUCUUCUGCUUUGGAAUACUCCUGGAUAACAAGCUGCGGCAGCUUCUGUUCAAAAAGUUGUCUCCGUUAAGCUCUUGGAAGCAAACGUCAAAGGAUCAAAAUGAGCAAAAUUCAUCAGAGGUACCUACCAAACCCAAACACUUAAAGUCCUUCCAUCCACUGAAACACAGAGGCAAGUAUGCACUUUCUCAUCCUGGAGAGUCCUCCAGCGACAUCACGCUAACUCAGUUUCUAUCAAACGAGUGAGGCCAAGACUCAUAAAAUCAAGGCACACUGUUGGGUGCAACUUAACAUUUAAUGCUUUGUACUGGAUGAGAUAUUCUGACCCAGGACCGGGACAAGGUGGUCACAGCAGCUUCAGCUCUGCCUCCUUUAUCUCGAAUUCAGUAGAAGGAAGAUUUAUUUCCAUGUGGCUGGAGUCGAAGAAGUAAGUUGCUCCUUAAAUGCGGAAGAAUUCAUUUUGUUGGAAAUGUUGUCAGUUGUUCCUUCUUCUCAUGAGCACAAGAUGUGGCUUCCCUUUUCAUGAAAUGACCUUGUCCACAUGACAAGGUCAUUUCCAAUGAUGGAUUGAAACAAGAGGACUUCACAAGCUAACCUUAGAUGAUAGUGUUGACUUUCUUGUCAAAAAGUUCUCCGUGCAUAUUUCCUAGAGAAAAGGCAUUUCCCUUCCAAAUUUUCCAGUUGGAUUUUACGCUUUUUUUCUUUCUUCAUGAGUUUAGUCUCUUAACUUUGCAAGUAAGUCUGAAAUAAAAUAAAAACUUCCAUUUCAAUAGCUUCAUAGCCAUUUAUGAGGAAGGACAAUAAUGUGAUUUGGUGUGGAACGGAGCAUUUUAUAGUUUACAGUGCAUUUUCACUUGGUCUCCAACCCAGAAAAUGAAGUAUCUGGUGGACUUAGGGCAGAGAUCAGGAAAGUGAAGUCAUUCACCAAAGAUUACAAAGCCGGUGAAGGAGACUUGAGCCCAUAUCUGCAGCCUCAGAACAGCUUUGAACGUUGUUUACAAUCCUAAGAAGUAUUUAUGAGAUUAGAUGCACCGUUCAUUGUUCAUCCCCAGCACUCUACCUUUGUGAGAGGGGAAGAGUUUGGUAAUUAGCUUCCGGGGUUGUGCCUCUAACAUCCUAUUGCCUCCAUCACACACUGGAGGUAGCUUUAGGCAGUUACUUGCGUGUCCAGCCAGUGCAGCUUUACGGGCAGAGCAGCAGGUGAGGUAAUGCUAAGAAGCAGCACGUCCUUCCCAUAAUUCCAUUCCUUUGAGUUCACCUCAGUGUCAGCCCUCACUGCAGUGCCUGGAAGAUCCAAGCUUCAGAGUCACCCUUCCUGUUUUGAAAGCUACAGAGUGUUAAGCACGUCCACUAGCUCCUGACGUGAAAAGCCUUCGCAAUAGGCAAAUAAAGGUACUAGGGGGGACUUCUACUAAUGGGAGGGGGUUAAAAAGACACGAGUAGAGAAGCAUUGAGUUCAAAUUUUGAACUCAAAAUGGGUGCCACAAGGCACCAACAGCAACACAGAUGAAUUGUCAAGUGAGACGUUCAAAGAAAACGACCAAGGACCACUUAGAUGGCUCCAUAACUAUAACUGUGUCCAAGAACCAGAAGAAAAUCUGGUGAGAAAGAAAGCCUUGGAGAAAGCUGCUUGGCAAACCUCCUCAACUCCUCCUCUAUGGUGACAGAAGAAGGGAUACCUGCCCCACCAGCAGCAUGGGGGAAGGACUUUGCAAUCGCCUUCUGUGGAAUACAGCACAUGGGGUGCAUGCGUGACUGCUGGUGUCUGAUUCCUGCGUGGACUGGGGCCGGGGCUCUGUGUUCAGAAUGGCCAGUGUUUGUCAGGACCAAGGGGGUGCGUGAGCUUCCCGUGAAGCAUGGUGAGAUGUGCAAGGGAGAGCCUACGUGGUCUAUGUGACAGGCUAUCCAGAGAGGGAAGGAACCCAGUAUCAGAGUUUGGAUGUGAUGCCAGGCAUGGAGCGAAGAUGGAGUCACAAGUGACCAGUUUGGGUACAGAAGAAUCUGUACAGUAGGCAGGUGAGAGACCAGAACUGGCGGAGUCCUGAGAGUUGGAGCAGUUACCACGCAGUAUCGUGUCACCUGGCAUCAGGUGAAGGUAGCCCUAUCUCUUCCUGGGAUGGGGGAGGGGAGGUGGAGAACCUCCGUGUCCGCGUGGGGAAACAGAGUGGGAAAACGAAUGGAAAAAGCAAACAAGAGACUCAGUAGGGUUGCACACAGUCGGCCCAAGGCAGGGCUCGCCUGGUGAAGAAACAUUUAAUACUAAAUUGCUUGUCACUUCUUAUCACAUUAUUAUCAUCAAAUAUUUAAAUUUAUCAAAAUGUCCUGGUUGUUUGGGCCCAUGGAAGUCCUGGAGGAUACCUGGUAAGGAGGAGAUCUCCUACUGAAUACCUUUAUAAUCAGGCAAAAAUUAAAAGUGUUUGAUCCCA